AGUAGCUCAAGGGCCCUGGGGAGGUGGUGGGGCGCAGGAGGGGUGUGUAUUGUGGUGAGCAGGAGCGGAAGGAGGAAGCACCAGCCACCACAGCCAUAUUUGCUGGGCAGGAGGACUGUGCAGCCAGGAAGUGCUCCUGGGACCCCAGGCCAAACAUCCCUUCUUGGGCCCUCUGGAGGGCACAUGUGGAUUCCCAGUUACACCCUGGGCCAGCACUCCCUCUGAUCCACACAAUGGGGCCAUGACACCAGAUGCUCCUGGGGGCUCCUGUGCAGCUUUCACUUUGUGGAUGAUGGGUGACUACACGCUCUCUGACCACCCCCAACCCACGGAAUUUCUCAACAUCUAUUUGGGAGACAACCUGCAGCCUGACCCAGGCACAAGCCUGAGGGACAUGUGCCACCAUCAGGAUCCUUCUGGACCCCUCAGGCAAAAUGCUGCUUCCCAGGGCUCUGGGACGGAGCUCACACACCCGGGGAGCUGCUCUUCCCAGGAGGAGCGCAGGCAGAAUGUAGCAUUGGGAGGGGCACCUGGUGACAGCCAUCCUGUGGGGAGCCCAGGGCAGAACCCAGGCACAUCCACGCAGGUGGUGUUCUGGGCAGGCAUCCUGCAGGCCCAGAUGUGUGUCCUGGACCUGGAGGAGGAGCUGGAGAAGACAGAGGGGCUCAGGGCUGAGCUGAGAAGAUGCCUCCCCACAGUCCCAACAAACCUUCCUGGGGAUGUGGGCCUGCUCAGCAGCGCCCCCGAGGAGGAGGACUCUGGGGAAGACAGCAGUGGACCCGAGGAGGAGCAUCAGGCAUGGCCAAGACAGGGAACCCCAGGCUCUUCCCCAGAGUGGGGUUCUGAAGAGGAGAGUCUGUUCUUCAAUAAUCCCCUCUUCCUGGAGAGCCCUUGCUCGGAGGCCAGUGCUUCUGGAGAAUGCUUUUCCUGGGGGUUCCCAGACCCCCUCGCAGAUGUGGAGACUGGACCUGAAAGCCCACAGACCUUGGAGCCCCCCCUCUUGGGAGGCUCAGUUCCACAGGAACUGGGAAGUGAGCCCGAUUUGGAGGACAGCUCUGCUGAUGCUAGUGGACACAGCACCCCUCCAUUCCCCGUGCCCAUCUAUAAACCACACUCCCUCUGCUGGGCCCCAGUGGUCCCUGUUGAGGUGACUUCCACAGCCCCUCCUGGUCAGGGGGAGAGUGAGGACUCUCCCAACCCUGAGAGCUGGCAGACCAAAGAAGGUCCUUCUAGGCCUCAGGUGCCUCGUAUUUCCCAGGACAAAGGUUCUUCCUCAGGUGACAGUGACGCUGGGAACCCCCAGGAAUCUGCUCUCUGCACUUUGGCUGCUCCCAGUCCCUGGGAGAGCUCAGCUUCUUCACCGGAUCCUAGCAGCCCCGUGUCUGAGGGCACAGGCCCUGGUCCCAGACCCAGCCCUGCAUCAUCCCAGGAGGGCAGCCCAAAGCUUCAGCGCCACAGCUUGGGCACCUCUCCCAAGUGGACACUAGAUGCCUCAUACUCCUCACUCUUGGAGACAGAUGGGUCAGAGCCAAGUUCCUUGGAGAAAGAGGAGGUGGGGGAGGCCCCAAGCCCAGGGGAGGAAGUAAGGAGUGAAGGCACCAUCAGGCCUGAAAAGGCUGGAGGCUCCCAGCCCAGCGUUCACCUGACUCCUGCACAAGGGCCCCUUCAGUCAAGGCUCUUGAGCUCCAGCUCCGACCCUGAGGCUGGUUCACUCCCUACCACGAAUGACCUGAAAGGACACUUGACCCAGAGCCCCUGCAUCUCCACUCCAAGCGAGAGCCUGAGAGCACCACUGGACUUUUCCAGGCUUCCUGAGGGCCCCAUGCCCCGAGUACAGUCCCCAGAGGAGGACCAGAGGCCAUCAGCUAGAGAUAAGCUAGCUAAUGGCAUCAGGAGUGACAAGGUGGCCUGGAACUUGGCCUCACGCCUCUAUCACCUAGAUGGCUUUCGGAAGUCUGAAGUGGCUGCCUACCUGCAGAAGAACAACGAGUUUAGCAGGGCGGUGGCUGAGGAAUACUUGUCCUUCUUCCAGUUUGGAGGCCAGAGCCUGGACCGAGCCCUCCGGGGCUUCCUCCAGGCCCUGGUGCUCAGUGGGGAGACACAGGAACGAGAACGAAUCCUCUACCAGUUUUCUAGACGCUUCCACCACUGUAAUCCUGGGGUCUUCCCCUCGGCAGAUUCUGUACAUACCUUGACAUGUGCAAUCAUGCUCCUUAACACGGACCUGCAUGGACAGAACAUCGGGAAGAGUAUGAGCUGCCAGGAAUUCAUAACCAACCUGAAUGGCUUGCAGGAUGGUGGCAACUUCCCCAAGGGGCUGCUGAAGGCCCUCUACUGGUCUAUCCGCAGCGAGAAGCUCGAGUGGGCUAUGGAUGAAGAAGACUCAGCCAGACCUGAGAAGGCCCUGUCAUCCUCACCAGCUGGCAAGAUGAGCAGCCCCUUCCUCCAGCUGGCUCUGGACCCCAUGGUGCCCACCUACAAGCAGGGCAUCCUGGCUCGGAAGAUGCAUCAUGAUGCAGAUGGCAAGAAGACACCGUGGGGCAAGCGUGGCUGGAAGAUGUUCCACACCUUACUGCGAGGGAUGGUUCUCUACUUCCUGAAGGGAGAGGACCACUGCCUUGACGGGGAAAGUUUGGUGGGGCAGAUGGUGGACGAGCCCGUCGGGGUACACCAUUCGCUGGCCACCCCAGCCACCCAUUACACCAAGAAGCCGCACGUCUUCCAGCUGCGGACUGCCGACUGGCGCCUCUACCUCUUCCAAGCUCCCACUGCCAAGGAGAUGAGUUCCUGGAUUGCGCGCAUCAACCUGGCCGCUGCCACGCACUCUGCACCACCCUUCCCCGCCGCCGUGGGCUCCCAGCGCAGAUUUGUGCGGCCCAUCCUGCCGGUAGGCCCGGCCCGGAGUUCCCUGGAGGAGCAGCAUCGAUCCCACGAGAACUGCCUGGAUGCUGCCUCAGACGACCUGCUGGACCUGCAGAGGCACUUACCUGAGCGGCGGGGCCGCAGCCGUGAGCUGGAGGAGUACCGCUUGCGGAAGGAGUAUUUGGAGUACGAGAAAUCUCGCUAUGAGACCUAUGUGCAGCUGCUGGUGGCCCGCCUGCACUGCCCGUCUGAAGCCCUGGACCUGUGGGAGGAGCAGCUGGGUAAAGAAGCUGGAGGCACACGGGAGCCCAAGCUCAGCCUGAAGAAGUCCCACUCGAGCCCAUCCCUGCACCAGGAUGAGGCCCCCACCACUGCCAAGGUGAAGCGCAACAUCUCAGAGCGCAGAACCUAUAGGAAGAUCAUCCCCAAGCGGAACCGCAAUCAGCUGUGAAGCUGGUGCCCCUCACAGACACUGGUCAGCUGUGAAGCCGGUGCCCCUCACAGACACUGCUACCUGUUCUGGAGUACACCUGAGAUGAACCUCUGUGUGUGUUGUGGGCAGGGGACUAAUUUCAAUGGGUCCAUGACAAGAAAUGAGCUAUGUCCUUUCCCUGCUGAAAAA